AGGAAGUGUAUGCUGCUAGUUCCAUGUGUCGCUCUCCUCUCGAUCAUUCAUUCGCGAAACAAAAGAUUUACGGACUAAAUUUUCAUGUAUUAAGGGCAUAAUCGUGUUUUUAGCAACCGACAAUAUACUAUUAUUAUUAAUAAUACUUUCCAAAUAAACUUAAAACUAAAACUGCUGCAUUUCUGCAGUAGCUCUAGCUAGCUAACGUAGGAGUUGUGCUGUAGAAAUUUAGAAGAUCUCAGCAAAAAUUUACAGUGAGGUUUCUGGAUGAAUAGUGCAGUGGACACCAGCAUGAUGAAGGAUAACCGGUGGAACAUACCCCCCAAUGCUCCAGCAUGCAUGGAGAGGCACUUGUGCUCCGCACAGUACAGAGCAGACGGCACCCUGCUGCUUGGUGCCUCCAGCCUUACUGGUAGAAGCUGGCAGGGAUCUGUUUGGAUCUACAGUGACCCCGAGCAGGCCCCCAGUGAGGGGUUCUGCAAAGCUGGUGUGCAGACUGAGACUGGUGUCACAGAUGCCAAAUGGGUGUCAGAAAAAGGAAUUAUUGUUGGAUCAGAUUCAGGUGCGUUGGAGCUCUGGGAACUGGCAGAGGAUGAGCGCCUGCUGGUGAAUCGCUUUACCAAACACGACCACGACAAUAUUGUUACUACAGUAAGCCCCAUGGUUGGAGCAAGCACUGCAGUCACUGGCAGCAUGGACUGCAGAAUCAAAGUCUGGGAUCUAAGUCAGGAAACAGUUGUCACUACCUACAGUGUGCACACACAGCCAGUCAGUUGUGUUGCCUGCAGUCCUACAGAUGAAUCUCUCUUUCUCUCCUGUAGUGAAGAUGGCCGUGUGUUGUUGUGGGACAGGAGGAAGCCCAACAAACCUGCAUCAAGAAUAGAUGUAGAGUCGCCCAGCUGCUCCCCUACUUCUCUAGCUUGGCACCCCCACCACAGAAGCACCAUUGCUUUUGGCGAUGAGCUGGGCACAGUGACUGUGAAAGAUUUCCUGGGAUCGGAGCCAACCCGGGUGGAGAAUGUUCACAGACGCAGAGUUAAUGGGCUCGCCUUCUCCACACAUAGCACCUCCUUGCUAGCCUCUGUCAGUGAUGACUGUAGUGUUGCUGUUAUGGACUCUGAACUGCGAGAAAUGCUCAGAGACCGGCGGCACCAGGACUAUGUCAAAGGUGUGAGCUGGCUUCACAAUGGCUCCUCCACCCUCACAACAGUAGGCUGGGAUCAUCUUGUGCUUCACCACACAGUGCGUCCAGUCGAUGGAGCCCCCAGCUCCUCUUCUUAGACCCAUAGAUGGUUAUGCACUGUGGAAAAGCGCCAUAUUCCCCCUCACUACUUUCCCCUCAUUCAUAAGGGGAGUCCAAGAGCUAAAUGUCAUUUUGGAAAAAAUGGGUUGAAGUGUCUCACUGUCUCUCUGUCUUGACUUCUGUGCAUUACUAAUAUAGACAGUAUAAAAGGUGGACAUAAUUACUGUGAUGUCGCCUGUUGGUUUGUGAAGUCCUGUUUUGACCAGGUCUUGUGAUGACCGUUUCUGCUGUCGCCAUUUUGGUUGCAAAAAUAAGAUGUGAGGAGAAGUUGUGGGUCUGACUUACUCAUUAGUUAACAACUUGCAAUUGACAAGUCGUUAGCUAGUGAGCGAGCAGGAAAUACCAUGGAAACAUGGUAUGACUGAGAUUUACAAAAUAGAUUUAAAUUUUAUAUUCAGCAUGAUCCAAAGUGAGUGACUGAGCCCAUAAUCUCAGCAGGAAAGUGUUUAGAGAGGUCAAGAAAGAAAGCAGUUUUCCCAUAGACUUCUACAGGACUGGAAGUCUUUCUGUAACCACACCUAUCACACCUGGUGGCCUUCAGAUGAAAUUCAGAUUUACGACACUUCCCCAUUGACUUAAUUUUUCCAGCUACAUCCAUAUUUUAUGCUGUCUAUGAUUACUAAUCACAUCACAGUCUCUACCCACUUCAUUCAUACUGUAUAGUUUUUCCCUUGUGUACUUGUAUCAAAGCAAUAUGUUUGUGUUGCAGAAUUUU